GUUUGCCUGAGCCAUAGCGAUGACAGGGGAUGAGGCUUGAGAGUCUGGCAGAAGUCAGAGGACAGAGCGUAGAAGGCCGAGGCGAGGACUGGAUUUUACCCUGGGGGCUGUGGAAAACCAAGGAAGGAUCCUGAGUGAUGGGAUCACAUUCGCGCUGGGUGUCGCAGAGUUGACCCGUAGAUGGUGGCAGUCACUCAGCCAAGAGGCGAGGGUGGCUCGGAUCUCAGCGUUUGGUUUUGCUGUUGGAGAGACGUGGAGCGGUUUGAGAAAUACUCGGGGGGCAGGGAGGCAGCCGGCGUGGGCCUGGCUGGGGGAGUCGGAGUGCGAUGAGGAGGCGGCGUGUGUGGAGCGCAGGGUACCGCUCCUCUUCCCAGUCAUCUCGCCCAUACCUUCCUCCUCACAGCUUCUCGCUGAAUUCCGAGGGGGCGGAGAGGAUGGCCACCGGGGCGCCAGUGUGCGACCGGGGCGACGCGGUCGAGAUGGAGGAGCCGGCCACGCGCUUCCAGGUGCAGAAGCACUCGUGGGAGGGCCUCCGGGCCAUCAUCCACGGCAGCCGCAGGAGCUCGGGCAUGGUGGUCAGCAAGGCCCCGCACGACUUCCAGUUCGUGCAGAAGACGGACGAGUCCGGCCCCCACUCCCACCGCCUCUACUACCUGGGGAUGCCUUACGGCAGCCGAGAGAACUCCCUCCUCUACUCCGAGAUCCCCAAGAAGGUCCGGAAGGAGGCCCUGCUGCUCCUGUCUUGGAAGCAGAUGCUGGACCAUUUCCAGGCCACGCCCCACCACGGGGUCUACUCUCGGGAGGAGGAGCUCCUGCGGGAGCGGAAGCGCCUAGGAGUCUUUGGCAUCACCUCUUACGACUUCCACAGCGAGAGCGGCCUCUUCCUCUUCCAGGCCAGCAACAGCCUCUUCCACUGUCGAGACGGGGGCAGGAACGGCUUCAUGGUGUCCCCUAUGAAGCCCCUGGAGAUCAAGACCCAGUGUUCUGGGCCCCGGAUGGACCCCAAGAUCUGCCCUGCCGACCCCGCCUUCUUCUCCUUCAUCAACAGCAGUGACCUGUGGGUGGCCAACAUCGAGACGGGAGAGGAGCGACGGCUGACAUUCUGCCACAGGGGCUUAUCCAAUGUUCUCGAGGACCCCAAAUCUGCAGGCGUGGCCACCUUCGUCAUCCAGGAAGAAUUCGACCGCUUCACUGGCUACUGGUGGUGUCCCACAGCCUCCUGGGACGGUUCAGAAGGCCGCAAGACGCUGCGAAUCCUCUAUGAGGAAGUCGAUGAGUCUGAGGUGGAGGUCAUUCACGUUCCCUCACCUGCACUAGAAGAAAGGAAGACAGACUCGUACCGAUACCCCCGGACAGGCAGCAAGAACCCCAAGAUCGCUUUGAAGCUGGCUGAAUUUCAGACUGACAGUCAGGGCAAGGUUGUUUUCCCCUUAGAUCGUCUUGACCCAAGAAGGAACUUGGUACAGCCCUUCAGCAUGCUCUUCCCGAGAGUGGAAUACAUCGCCAGGGCCGGCUGGACCCGGGAUGGCAAGUAUGCCUGGGCCAUGCUCCUGGACCGGCCCCAGCAGCGGCUACAGCUCGUCCUCCUGCCCCCGGCCCUGUUCAUCCCCACCGCUGACAACGAGGAGCAGCGGGUGGCCUUUGCAAGAGCCGUGCCUGGGGACGUCCAGCCAUACGUGGUCUACGAGGAGGUCACCGAUGUGUGGAUCAAUGUUCACGACAUCUUCUACCCCUUCGCCCAGUCAGAGGGAGAGGAUGAGCUCUGCUUCAUCCGUGCCAACGAAUGCAAGACGGGCUUCUGCCACUUGUACAAGGUCACCGCCUUAUUAAAGCCCAGCGGCUACGACUGGGGCGAGCCCUUCAGCCCCGGGGAAGACGAAUUCAAGUGCGCCAUCAAGGAGGAGAUCGCACUGACCAGCGGCGAGUGGGAGGUUUUGGCCAGGCAUGGCUCCAAGAUCUGGGUCAAUGAGGAGACGAAGCUGGUGUACUUCCAAGGCACGAAGGACACGCCGCUGGAGCACCACCUGUACGUGGUCAGCUACGAGUCAGCCGGCGAGGUCGUGCGCCUCACCACGCCUGGCUUCUCCCAUAGCUGCUCCAUGAGCCAGAAUUUCGACAUGUUCAUCAGCCACUACAGCAGCGUGGGCACGCCGCCCUGCGUGCACGUCUACAAGCUGAGCGGCCCCGACGACGACCCUCUGCACAAGCAGCCCCGCUUCUGGGCCAGCAUGAUGGAGGCGGCCAGCUGCCCCCCGGAUUACGUGCCCCCAGAAAUCUUCCACUUCCACACGCGAUCGGAUGUGCGCCUGUACGGCAUGAUCUACAAGCCGCAUGCUGUGCAGCCAGGGAAGAAGCACCCCACCGUCCUCUUUGUGUAUGGGGGCCCCCAGGUGCAGCUGGUGAAUAAUUCCUUCAAAGGAAUCAAGUAUUUGCGGCUCAACACGCUGGCGUCCCUGGGUUAUGCGGUGGUCGUGAUUGAUGGCAGGGGCUCGUGUCAGCGAGGGCUUCGGUUUGAAGGGGCCCUGAAGAACCAAAUGGGCCAAGUAGAGAUCGAGGACCAGGUGGAGGGCUUGCAGUUUGUGGCUGAGAAGUAUGGCUUCAUCGACCUGAGCCGGGUGGCCAUCCACGGCUGGUCCUAUGGCGGCUUCCUCUCGCUCAUGGGGCUGAUCCACAAGCCCCAGGUGUUCAAGGUGGCCAUUGCAGGUGCCCCAGUCACGGUCUGGAUGGCCUACGACACAGGGUACACGGAACGCUACAUGGAUGUCCCGGAGAACAACCAGCUUGGCUACGAGGCUGGUUCCGUGGCCCUGCACGUGGAGAAGCUCCCCAACGAGCCCAACCGCCUGCUCAUCCUGCACGGCUUCCUGGAUGAGAACGUGCACUUUUUCCACACAAACUUCCUCGUCUCCCAGCUCAUCCGAGCAGGAAAACCUUACCAGCUCCAGAUCUACCCCAACGAGAGACACAGCAUCCGCUGCCCCGAGUCCGGUGAGCACUAUGAAGUCACGCUGCUGCACUUUCUACAGGAGCACCUCUGAGGGCCCACGCUGCUGCGGCCGCAAGUUUAGAGCACAAGUGGCUUUGCUGCCGCCGCCGCCGCCAGGGGGACCAGGUGGGAAGGACCGAGUGGCCCCGCGGGGCCCCCUCGAGGUGCCGUCUCCGCUGCCCCCACUGGACGGCCCCACCCCAGGCCUGAGAGCCGCUGCCUUCGGCCCCGACGCCUUUUAUCAUUUUUUGAAAUGCUCCUGGCUCUCCGCCUGCUGCUUCUCGGUUGCCAGGACAGGGCGACGAGGCUGACACCCACGAGGCACUUCCCAAAGCCAUCCCCUCCUUGCCAUUGUCAGGAGCCGAGGGCCCAAGCUCUGCUGGGCCCUGGAGAGGUGGGGUCCGCCUCCGCCCGGACGGCUGCCGCGCCCAGCACAGAAGCAUGCCAUCCUCCUCACCUGCCCACCUCCUGUUUGUGUUUUGUUUUGGGGACGUUUUUCCUAACUUAAAAGACAAAGCAACGGGUGCCUAAAUCUAGAGUUGGAGUGUACCACUGGGCAGUGGGGUUCGGCCCAGCCAGCACCCGGUGAGCCCCACCUCCUCGGCAGCCAGGGCGGGAAGUCGUGGCCGGUGUACGAGGGCGAUGCGCGUGCUGCGCCUGCCUCUGCCCGGCUCUAAGGCUCUGAACGCGUCCCGCUCCGGUCCCCGCUGGCCGGCAGCUGCCGCCCACUCCCCGGCCCUCCAGCCACCUGCCUCUGCCUGGCCCGCAAUGGCCGGUUCCAGGGCUGGGAGGGGAGCCGUCCCCACCUCAGGAUUAUCCUCCCCCUUCCUUUCCUUCCCCGCCAACUUCUGCCAGGGGCACGCAGAAAGAAAAAAAAAAAAGAAAAAAACCCCACCAGAAACAAACACCUCUACGUAUUAUGGAAAGAAAAUAUUUUUGUCAAUUCUUAUUCUUUUAUAAUUACGUGUGUGAGAAGCAGGCUCAUUAAAAGAUUCCAGAUGGACGCUC